AGAGCCGAAAUUGAAAACUUAAGUUCAAAACCAAGCCCAGGCUCAGGUCUGCCUGUUGAGGUGACUGGAGAAGUCAAGACUAGCCUAUUCGCUGCAGGCGCGUAAUGUCACGUGAAACCGUUUCGGCAACUGAGAGCCGAAGCCAAAGCUUUAUAAAAUGAAACCUUAAAACUCCUCCUCACUAAUUAAACUGGAUCUUGGCUUUUCAAUUUCUCAUUCUCAAAACCAUUUCAACUGGAUAUUGGGUUUUCAGUUUUCUAUUUUCAAGACCAAUUUUUACGGGUAAGAACACCAUUAAAAGGAAUUAGUUCUCUCUAUACAGCAAUGUCAAAGCAUGGAAGUAGAUCAAAGGCAUGGCAUGGACCUCAAAAGUCUCAGUCGCUAAUUUUUGUUACAGCUUUGGUCUUGAUCUUUGUGACAUUGAUAUUAUUAUAUUCCAGCAAUCACAAAAAGCCUGCUGAUUCAUCAUUUGGACUUUUGAAGCAAAAAUGGAAUAGCUUUAAGUCUGCAGCAAAAUUUGACCCAACUAUAGAGUUCAGGAAUGGGACAGACAUGAUAUGGCAAAUACCUGAUUCACCCAAGGCAGUUCUAUUUCUGGCACAUGGGUGCAAUGGCAGGGCUGUUAACUUUUGGGACAGGUCUUCUAAGUGCCCAAAGUGCAUUGGCUUGCCUGAGGAAAGGCUGCUUGUCCUGCAUGCACUUUCUCGAAAGUAUGCUGUUCUUACCAUAUCUAGUGCAGGGAGAUGCUGGACAUUAGGGAAAGAAAGGUUAAUUGUUAAAGAUAUAAUACAAUGGUGGGUUGGGAGACACAAGCUUGAGAAGCUUCCACUUGUGGCUUUGGGGGCCUCUUCUGGUGGGAACUUUGUUUCUGCACUCGCCACUAGUUUGAGGUUUAGUAGUAUUACUCUUAUGAUUGCUGAAGGGGUGUUUGAUCACAUGGAUAUUUCGGAGGACUAUCCACCUACACUUUUUGUUCAUAUGCCAAAGGAUUCAUAUAGGCAACAGAAAAUAGGUGAGUACUUGGAAGUGCUUAGGAAUAAAGGCAUUGAUGUUGCAGAGGUUGAAUGCAUGGAGUUUCCCGUGUCUCGAAAUUUCUUAGCUGACAGAAUUCCAGGAUUUGAGCAGGCUGUUUCUGAUAAAUUAUUUAAGCUAUUUCGGGAGAAGGGCUUUAUUGAUGAGAAUGGAUAUAUGAGGAAUGAUGGGCGUGCAACACAUUGGAAAGAGGCGCUCUUGGAAAGCAAGACCAUUGUGCUAGAUAAAAAUUUGGUUCAUUAUGUCCAGGAGGAACUAAAUCUUGCAUUUGCAUACCAUGAAAUGACUAGCCUGCAGUCUGAGCAAAUCUUUAAAUGGUUUGAAGCUCAUAUGAGUUGAUCAAUACUGCAUUAUGAUUUAUGACCACUUUUCUUCCCCAGCCUUAGAGCUUUGUGGCUAUAUGUGAAAUCUGUGCCUUGAAACAAAUAUGCGAGACAAAAUGAUAAAUCAACACUUGUGGUUAAUUAAGAUUGGAGCUGCAUAUAGAAUUGAAGAGUGUAGCAGGUAAGUCCCAGAAGUCAGUGAAUAUUAGCCAGUCUGUAAAAAGAAAAACAAAAAUCUCAUUACCGUCUUGAAAUUUAUUUUUACCAAGUAAUUUGUGCCGCACCGUGUUGUUUUCAAUGGUUCUGCUAUGAAGGUACCUUAUCACUUA